AUGUCCAGCGCCAUCUCCCAUGGUUCUGCUACACUGCGGCCGCGCGCCGUCCCCCUCCAGUCCGACAAGUCGGACGUGAGUCUCACUCCACCAGUUUCUCAGCUAGGCCCGGAUGCAAGUGGUCGAUCCACCCCCGUCCCUGAAGAUGCUCCUCCUUCGGCGCAUUCGAUUUCAACGGCUCGCAAGCAAGUGCGCGCGAGGAAUCGCCUCUUUUAUACCAUUGAUUAUGUGCCCCGUGUAUCCCAUUUUGAUCCAGAUAGCGAUUACCAUAAUUUCCGUGGGUUCUUUGUCCUCUUUUGGAUCUCACUCGUUAUUAUGGUUGUUACUACUGUGCUGCGCAAUAUUAAGGACACCGGAUACCCACUGCGAGUACGGGUGUGGAGUUUGCUGAGCGCCAAUGUGUGGGAAUUAGGCUUGAGUGAUCUUGCUAUGGUUGUGAGCUCGAGUCUGGUCCUACCCUUGCACCGGCUGUACCGGCGCGGCCCUCGUUGGUUGCAGUGGGCGCGUGGAGGUAGGGUUGUGCAAAGCAUCGGCGAGGCCUUAUGGCUAGCUGUUUGGAUCAACUGGCCGUUUAUGCGUAUUUGGACCUGGACUGCCCAGGUCUUCUUCACUCUCCAUGUCCUAACCAUUCUCAUGAAGCUGCACUCAUACGCCUUUUACAAUGGCCACCUCAGUACAACCGAGCGCCGUCUUGCAGACCUAGACAAAGCAGACAACGUGGUCCCUAGCUCGCCUAAGGCAGUCCACUACCCGGAACCCCAACGCCGUCGUCCAUCUAUGAAGCAGCUGCACGAUGACACAGAUAUUACAGAGCCCCUGGUCCGUCUACGCGAAGAUCUAGCCACAGAGCUCACCUCCCCACUGGGAAAUAUCUCGUACCCCCAAAACCUCUAUAUAGGAAACUAUGUAGACUUCCUCUUUUGCCCAACCCUCUGUUACGAGCUCGAGUACCCACGUCGACUUGAACGCCGCUGGUCAGAAAUCGCUUACAAGACCGCGGCUGUGUUCGGAUGUAUCUUCCUGCUCACCCUGACCAGCGAAGAAUUCAUCGUGCCGGUCUUAAGCGAAGCCAGUACCCAGCUCCAAGCAUUCCCAAACCUCGCGGACAAAGCCCUCGUCCUAGCUGAGACUAUCAGCAUGCUCCUUUUCCCUUUCAUGAUCACAUUCCUCCUAGUCUUCCUUGUCAUCUUCGAAUACGUCCUCGGUGCAUUCGCAGAGCUAACCCGGUUCGCGGACCGACACUUCUACUCGGACUGGUGGAAUUCGUGUGACUGGCUCGAAUUCUCUCGGGAAUGGAAUGUCCCCGUCCAUCACUUCCUUUUCCGUCACGUCUACUUCCCUGCUCGAUCUGCCUUUUCUCAACCCGUCGCCAUGCUCAUCACAUUCCUGGUUAGCGCUGUGUUCCACGAACUGGUCAUGAGCUGCAUUACCAAGAAGCUUCGUGGCUACGGGUUUAUGGCUAUGAUGCUCCAGUUGCCCAUCGUUGCUAUCCAGAAGUCUCGAUUCUUCAGAGGUCGGACUGUUCUUAACAACGUCUUCUUCUGGUUCUCGAUGAUCCUGGGUCUUUCGAUGAUGUGUGUAUUCUAUGUCUUGGUUUGA